AUGCUUCUACAAGCCCUCUCACUUACCUUCCUUUUAGGAGUGGCUUUCGCCGCUCCCAGCACAACUCCUCAUCCCUCAAAGGCUCCACUAUGUUCCACGCCAGGCUGCAAAGAGGCGGCGGCCAUUUUCAAGAACGCCAUGAACGCCACCGUUGAUCCUUGCGUUGAUUUUUACGAAUACUCCUGCGGCGGCUGGGUCGCCACUCAUCCCAUUCCUGCCUGGAAGUCCCGAACCGGUGUCACCGAAGAGCUGGAGGAGGUGCAGACGGCGCAGAUGAAGAAGCUUCUCGAGGCUUUUGACCUAAAGAAAGUGGACGCAAAGAAGGUCGCUGCUUCUGUCUCUCUGGCCGCGUACUUUUACCAAAGUUGCGUCAAGCUAGGGUCGGAGUCAAAAGAGGUCGGUGUGAAGCAGCUAAAGGAGGUGAUCAGCAGCAUUCGAGGCCACCAGGACUGGAAGCUGGGGCAGAAAGUGAAACCGGAAGAGUCGAAGACUGUUCCAAAGUGGGAAGAGGGGCUGGUGCGCCUCUUUGCCCAGGGAGCCAUUGACGCCAUCUUCUCCGUCUCAGUGUCGCCCGAUCCGAAGAACGUCUCGCACUUGGUUAUCAAUCUGGACCCAGCCGGCCUAGGCCUGCCUGAGAACGACCUCGCCAACUUGACUCGAAACGUCAAGCUGGUGAACGCCUACAAGAAGAUCAUUAGCCAAACGGCCACCGUUCUCUGCCCAACGGGCAAGUGCGCCGCCCACGACCUGGAGACGGACAUCGCCGAGCUGAUCCAACUCGAAUCGGACUUCGCCAAGGCGCUGAUGCCCCUCGAGGACCGGCGCGAUCCGGAGAAGACGUACAACAAGCUGACGUUGACUGAGCUGGCCAAGCGAACCAAAUUCGACUGGCUGAAGAAGUACCUCCUUCCUCUAUGGACCGCGCUGGGCGUGGAGCACACGGCGGCCAUUGACGGCAGUACCACUGUGCUCGCCUCCGACCUGGG